UGGAAAGUAUGUGGAAAUAAUUCAGUACGAAGCGCAUAAGGAAAACAGGUGUGGAUUUGAGUGACCUGUAUCCAGUAUCCAAGCACUUAGCUGAAAAAAAGGGAGCGCAUGUGGGGACGAAAGUCCAAAUGAUUUUCCAGCAACAUUUAUGCAGUGCGAGAAUUCCUUGGCGUUGUGCUAUCUUAGCAGCUGUUAUGGGGCUCCUGGUUACUGGAGUGAUAGCUUUGGCAAUUUACUUCGGUAAAGCAAACGGACAGGACAGUAUUUUAUAUUCCAAAGCCGAACCUAUUAAGCAGGGUAUCGAAAGCGGUAUUACCAUCUCUUUCCCUUUCAACAGAAAUGCAUAUUCGAAUUCCACUUCGAAGACAAUCGUCGGGACAGUUCCCAAUCCCUUCAGCUGCCCCAAACACCACUUCGCUUGCAAUUCAUCCAGAAAGUGUCUGCCUCUAGAGAAAAGGUGUGACGGGACGGUGGAUUGUCCGAAAGCGGAAGACGAACUGAACUGCGUGUGUGCUUUCCGUAUGCCACCAAUCAAGUUCUGCGACAAGUACCCAGAUUGCUUCGAUGAGAGUGAUGAAAGCUUUUGUUCUUAUUGUCCAGAAGGAUCUUUUAAUUGCGGAGAUGGAAAGUGCAUACCUAGGAAUAAAGUGUGCGAUUCUGCUAUCGACUGUAAUAAUUUCAUGGAUGAAAACUUCUGCUUCAGGUUGUCAUCGAAUAUAGCAAUCGCAAAUGCGGACAGUCCUGAUCCUGCAGAUUCAACUAAAAUCGUUGAAGUAUCUAAAACCGGUUUUCUUUUGAGGAACAGGAAAGGCGUUUGGUAUCCUGUGUGUGCCAAUCCUCGGGAUUUCAUGCAAGAUGCCUUGGCCUCUUUCGCCUGCGUCAGCAUCACUGCUAAUCCUCUCGCUGGCAGCACACAUCAGUUCAAAAGUUUUGAUCGACAACCAGACGUAUACAAAGGCGAUUAUGUCUACCAUUAUUUAGGUAGAUUUGUACAGUGGAAUGGAUGUUUGACUGACAAGGGCAUCUUCGUAUCUUGUGAUGACGUUCGGUGUGGAUUUAAUCCAAAGCACUUGCUGCCCCGACGUCCUCAAGGAAGGAUAGUUGGUGGGGAGCUCUCUGAGCCAGGAGCAUGGCCUUGGCACGGUGCAAUCUACAAGAAUGGUACUUAUGCUUGUGGUGCAACUCUUAUUACCAAGAACUGGUUAAUAUCAGCAGCCCAUUGCUUUCUCAGUUAUACAAACAAUUACUACGAAGUCCAACUGGGCAUGCUGCGACGAAGAUCUUUCACACCACAUCAAAAGACCUAUCGAAUCGAUAAGGUGGUACCACAUCACAAAUUCAACAUUGUUACUUUGGAUUUUGAUAUAGUAAUGUUAAGAAUUGCUGAACCAGUUGUUUUUGAUUUCUGGGUGCGGCCGAUAUGCCUUCCUGACCCUCGGAGGAUCGAAACUUCUGGAUCCAUUUGCACGGCCAUUGGCUGGGGAGACACUGGAGAAUCGGAUGAUGAUUCCGAUGAUCUCUUGGAGGUCACUGUUCCUCUAACCGAAUCUUGUAGGAAGAAUAUGGAUCGUUGGAUGUGUGCUGGGUUCGUUGAAGGCGGACGAGAUGCUUGCCAAGGAGACAGCGGUGGACCUCUGAUGUGCCUGCAAGAAGAUGGUUUGUCGUGGUAUAUAGCUGGUGUCAUUAGCGCCGGCACAGGUUGUGCUAGGCCUAAGACGCCAGGCAUGUAUACAAGAGUUGUGUACUUUCUAGACUGGAUUCAGAAAAUUAUGAUGAUGCCGGAUAACAAGAAUCCUCCUUUAUCAUCAUGCCCUGGAUGGACAUGCGCUGCUGUAGGUGGAGGAAACUGUCUUCGGGUAGAAAGAGUCUGCGAUGGUCACGUGGACUGUUAUGAUGCUCAAGAUGAGGCGAAUUGUUUGAAGAAGAAAAUAUAACUUUAAACCAAGUGUACAUAUAAAGAGCUGUAUACUAAUUGUGCAGUAAUAUUUCUUUCCAUUUGUUGAAAUUUUGUAAAAUAAUUUUUAUCGAAAAUUCUGAAAUUCCAAGUAAUGUACAGAUAACUGUUUACUUUAUAAAUCCAGCAGAUACUGAGUAUUGUUCUAUAUGUAAUACUGAAAGUAUUUAGCAAACUUUAAGAAUUACGUAAGUCUGUUAUCUUAUUUAUGAAAUUGUUAUUUAGCUUUUUAUAUUUCACAAAUAAUUACUUUAAUUUUAUUUUUUAUUUAUAUUUUAAGUUUAUAAUUAAAAAUAUAGCUUAAGAAUGUCAUUAAAACAAAAAAUGAAUUUCGUUUUUACAUGUAGAUGACUAUA